AUGUCAAUAUUUUUUACAUCUCCCUUUCAGCUCUUCAUGAACGACAACUCUCUAGUGGACUGGCGGAUUGCUGUGAACGCCAAGAAAUCUGCCUGGAUUUUGCUGGAAAUCAUUGUUUGUGCCAUCCAUCCAUUCCCCUAUGAACAGCAUUGUCGAGGACAGGGAGGGUCAAACUCUGCCAAGGAACCUAUGUUUUUCCUCAGUGACCUGGACAUUUUUUUGUCCAUCAUGAUGUUCUUAAGGGUCUACCUAAUACCUAGGACUGUACUACUCCACAGCAAGGUGCUAGUAGACGCCUCUUAUCGAAGUAUAGGGUCCCUCAAUAAAAUCAAAUUUCAGUAUCCGUUCGUCAUGAAGAUCCUCAUGAACACCUGUCCAGGCCGAGUCCUGCUCACAUUGACCAUCAGUCUAUGGGUUGUGUCCUCUUGGAUCUUGUCUGUAUGUGAGAGUGGCAGGGGAGAUUCUCCUGGCAGCGGUAAUAUGACAGACAGCAUGUGGCUCAUCCCAAUCACCUUCCUGACCAUUGGCUAUGGAGACAUGGUACCACAUAGUGUGUGCGGCAAGAUGGUCUGCCUGUUCACUGGAGUCAUGGGAGUUGGGUGUACAGCUCUGAUAGUCGCCGUAGCUGCUCAGAAACUGGAGUUCACCAAGGCUGAAAAGCACGUGCACAACUUUAUGAUGGACAUACACUACAUGAAGCAGAUUAAAUGCGCAGCGGCGAAUGUGCUCAGAGAGGCCUGGCUGCUCCACAAACACACUAAGCAACGGGACAGCACCCAAAUACGGCAACACCAGAGGGAGCUGCUGGCGGCCAUUCACAUGUAA